AUGAUUUUGAUGGACUUAUUACCUCCUCCACAGCGCUGCCUUACGGCUGGUAUCGGUCUCUCCGUUAGGUUCUACCUCGCCCUGACGCGCGGCCGUGGAACAUCCAGGGAGCCGCCGCCGGAUGUGGCUCUGGAGCUCUGUGUCCGUUUCAAGGACAGACAAGUCCUGCGCAGAGCCUGUGUGUCUGGAUCCUGGGGGGACACCGACAGAGACGUGGCUUUCUUCCCCUUCAUCAGAGACCAGCCGUUCAAGAUUGAGAUCCACUGUGAACAAAGUGGGUUUCGUGUGUUUGUGGACGGACAGAAGCUGUUUGACUUCCACCACAGACUGCCGUCCCUCGGGGACAUCGACACGUUGUGGAUCAAGGGCAGCCUCACCAUCACCAAACUCGCCUGAAGGAAAGGACUUCCCUGUCGAACACAAGACACUUUUAUUUGUUUUCCUUCCAAAGACGUGGAUCUCUAAAACCACCAGGACCUCACCGUUUCUGGACUCACUCUGGAUCUUUUGGUGCAAGAUGUCCAACAUGACGAGUGGAACCAGCAGGAAGCCUGUGGGAUCCUGAUGCUAAGCUAACGUUUUGCCUGACGUUACAUGUGUGGCAGGCAUUUUGUUACCAAAGUCAAAUGUCAGUUUUAGGUUAGUGUCACGCUGCCGGCACGUUGCCACAGCGCUGU